GAGGUCCUAUUAAUGCACAUCCUGCUAGCUGUCUCCUUCACCGAGGCCUGCGCUAAACCUUCGGUCUGCGUCUCUGGCCAGCUACUGCUAUUCUUCAUCAAACUCUUCACCUUCUCCAGUACAGACAAAGCGGUCUUCAUGUUUCUUUUGACAUGUUUUUGGGUCUAAAGCGGAAAUCAAUUUGGUCAUAGUGACUGGGAGAUUGAAGUGAAGGUCUUAGAGAUGGGAUGCUUUUUAUCAACACAAAGGGACAGUGGUGAAGAUGGGAGAGGUCCAACAAGAAUGGGUGAAGUUUCCGUUUUUGUCCCUGGACUAAGGAUUCCUAAGCCAGUGGAUAUCUUUUCUGCACUUGACAACGAUGUUUCUAAGAGUUUACUAGAGCGCCUUUCUGCACUCAGAACCCGAAUUGUUGUGAUGGCAGAGCAAGAAGGUAUCUUGGUUACCCGAACAAGAAGGAAAUCUGCCGCUCAACAUGGAGGAUCAAUGCUGGGUGAUCUUCUGCAGGCUCUCGAGGAUUACUUGCCAGUUCUUUUGGGAUUGGUUAAAGAUGGUAGCCCUCUACAAUAUAAAGUACAAUUUUCUUGGGUCAAUCAAGAGGAUGAUGCAGAGGAAACUGCAAUAUUCAGUGGUUGGUAUGAAGUGUUGUCUGUUUUGCACUUGAUGGCAAUGCUAUCAUUAUCUCAAGCUAAUUUGUUACUACUCCCUAGAGCAUCUCUUGACGGCUAUCAGCUAAAAGUAUCGGAAGAAAGCAGACGAACAUCUGUUGAUAUAUUUCUUAAGGCAGCGGGAUACCUCGAUUGUGCUGUGAAACAUGUUCUUCCUCAGUUUCCCACUGAACUUAGGAGAAACUUACCAGUUGACCUUGCUGAAGGAGUGCUACUAGCACUGUGCCUCCAAGCAUUAGGGCAGGCUGUUGAUAUACAACUUGGGCUUGCGAUUGACAGUGCUAAGGCAACUCUAGCCGUCAAAAGAAGGCUUGCAUGUGAGAUGGUAAAAUAUUGGCAGCAGGCCCAAGGUAACAUCAUGAAUCUUCCACUAUCCAAUGGAUGGGGGGAAAAGCAUCGGCUUUUUUUGAAGUGGAAAUUCAUUGAAGCUAAGGCGGCAGCAUACUAUUAUCAUGGCCUAAUUCUUGAUGAAGGGAAUACGGAAAGAUCUCAUGGAAUGGCUAUUGCUGCUUUGGAUGCAGCAGAUGAGUAUCUCAAAGAAAGUAAAAAGGCUUGUGAAGAUUUCAACGCAGUUGUUCCUCUCUCUAGAAGCCCGUCUCUAUGGGGAACCAUGAAGUACCUCUCCGAGAAGAUUCCCAAAGACACUUCUAGUAAAGGGCGAAUCAACAGGGAUCUGCGCUCUUAUGAAAAAGUUAUGGAGAGAGCACCACCAUUGCCCGACUUUGCAUUAGCCCUUAAACCAGAUGACUAUCAUCUCCCUUCAGUGGAUGUAUCAUGGAAUCAAGAAACAACAAACUAUUGAUGGAUCCAUGAAAAAUCAAAGGGUAACUUUUUUUUUGUUUUUGCAAAAACCUUGUAAAUGCAAGUGAACAAAGGUAAUGAGCUGACCCCUUUGAUGUUGAUGUUAAUGAUAAUUUGUUCUUUGAUCCAUUUUUCGUGCGAAGAUUUGGUUGGUUUGAUUCUUUGUACAAGCAGAGUUCGCUUGUUAAACUUGGAUUGAAGGAAAAGGUGCAGAGUGAUGUAUAUCUUUGGCGGUAGACAAAAGAUUGCCUUGGUUUCUUUGUCCAGAUUGAAAAGAAAGUACUGUUGCAAUUGUUUGAUAGGAUUUUUUGUUCAAAACAUUAUGAUAAAGUUCUUGAUUGUGUGAACCGUACAACGGUACAACCAAAGAUUAUACGAAUAUUAUUCAUAAACUUGAGCACAUGUGUAAUCCAUAUAAUAAUAAAUAAUUAUAUCUAUCCCGCUAAGAUUUGGACAAGAUAUGACACGGUCACACG